AUGGCACCUAAAAAGGGUUCCAGUAAACCCACGGCUGCCUAUUCAAAUGGAACUACAUUGACUCCCUCACGACGUUCACCCCGAGUUCCCGCAAGUACCAAAGCCACCAGUGACAGUACACGUUCACCCAAAACUCUUGAUCCUAUAUCGUCUCCCACUUCACAAGACAUCAGGUUCUACUAUCCUACAACCCCACCGUCUUCUAAACCUAUGUCAAAUCCUUCACCUGAAGAACCGUCGACACACCGUCGAAUAUUUCAGGCGCGUCCAUCGCGCCUCUCGAACGUUUACACUCCAGUCACGGAGGCCCCUAGCUCCUUAAGCCAAGAGAGUCGGAGAACCCGGCGAAUGACUGCACUUGACACACCUAAUGGCGUCUCAUCAGAUACGGAUGAUGUGGCGAACAUAGGAUCGACCGGUUGGACAGAUGCCCAGUACAUGGGAGGGAUGGGCGGUAGUAAUGAUCCUCCCUCUCCCAGUGCUGCAUCAUCCAAGGGAACACGCUCUUCCGCUCGCCGGCGUAAGCCAACAACAAGAGCUAUUGAGGCUUUAGAGCUAAACAGAUCGCCCCGCCGGAAUACCACCGGCCCCGAUCAAGCUCCUGCUGUUCCUCUCACUGAUACCCCUGCGUCUCCUCCCCCUCCCCCUCAUCUCUCUUCUUCCCUUCCUCGUCCUGGUUCUGCUGCUUCUGUCACUGAUUCUCCUUCCACGAAGUCUCCCGUUCGUGCGUCAACCAAGGAUGACAAAAGUGAUUCGGUUGUUGAAAGCAACAACAAACCAGUACGUAAGUUUCCAAAGGGCAAAAAGGCCCUAAGGGUUCCAAAGCAGCAGAAAGUCCAACUCCUUCGCAUCGAGAUUGAUCUAGACACAGCGGGGCGAAACGCUUACCAGGCUGGCGUAGAAGCUUUCAGUGAAAGUUUCAUACUUCCACCUGACCCUGACUGGUUGAUAAACAAUGCUCGGUUUGCCUAUUCCCAGGCCAGAAACGGAGUGCAGCGAACUAGAAGGGCCUCUGGUGGUGACGAGAUCCAGCCGAAUCUCUAUGACAGUGAAACCGAUACAAGUGGUGUCGGCAGGUUUCAGAGAUCUACCCCGCCACAAAUUGAGUCGGAUGGGUGGUCACGUAUUGGGCGCAGAAAUGAGAGAGGGGAAGAGCUUAUGAUCCCUCCAUCUAGGUACAGUCUAUAUUGGCCACCCCACACCUAUGGUGACGAGGACCUGCCAUGGCCACCUGUUCGCUCUCGAUCUGACGUCCAGGUCGAGCAAGACAAGUCCCUUGGCUUCCCACCACUGAUCGGGCACCGUAACAUCCCCUUUGAUAUCCGGUCUCAGUUUGAAGCUGAGGAUGUCACCGAGGAAAGAGCCCGUGUACAGGCGCGCGAUGAAGCUCGCCAGAAAGCUGCCAAUGACCCUGUGCGCACUAGGAAGGCUCGCGCUGUUAAGCGCAGACAAAGUGCCCCAUCCCCCAACGUCGACCCGUCGCUGCACGCGCUUCGUUACCGACCGUCGCUGCAACACUCGCAGCUCCCACUACUCCUAAGGCUGCAGCCAAAGUGA